AUGAUUACAUUUGUUAAGUCAAUAUUCAAUAAAACUUUUGAAUUUUUACUCGAUUCAUCACCAUUUGAAAAUAAUUAUAAAGUCAUUGAUUACAAUUCAAUUUCAUACACCACACAAACUACCGCUACUAAGACUGUGUCUGACAAUAAACAAUAUAUUCAUAAUGAUAAAAUAAAGGUAGAUCCAGUUUUGUCAAAAUGUAACGACACUAGACUUGUUACCUUUUCCAAAGUAUCAGAUAAUGACAAUAUCAUAUUGUUAGGUUCUACCGGAUUAACAGGUUCUUUGAUUUUGGAAAAUCUAACAAAACCAUGGAUUUACCUACCACCCUUUAGUGAUACAUGUACCAAAAAGUUCCUGGAUAAAUCUUUGGGUAAUUUUAAACAUUGGGGACUAUCUCCAACUUUGCCUACCAUUGAAAAAACCAUUUACUGUUUUAAUAGACAUAUUAAAAAUAUUCCAGUUUUUACCACUACUUCUAAUAAAAGUGCUGAUACUGGCGAUGACACAAACACCGACUACACUUUUCUAACCGCAAACAAUGAAUUAGAUUCCAAUUGCUUUAUUAAAAUUCACACUGAUGGCAAUAAUAAGAAUGAUAAUAAUCAUGACAAUAAAGAAAACAUAGCUGAAUGUAUAUACGGCUUAAUUAGAGAAAAUAUUAAAUGCAAAACUUUAAAUAACGAAACAAUAAAUUCAAUAGGUAAUUUCAAGUUAAAUAACACCACACCUGAUUCAUCCGAAACUCAAGAAACAACUGUCAAGUGUAGCAUUACUAAAUUGGAAUAUAAUUUAUCAUUUCAAAAAAAAAAUCAACCUAAUGAAGAAAAGGAAAAAGAAAUCAUUAAAUUAACUUUUAAAUUUAACAUUAUACAGAUUAUUGAACCAGACUCUUCUAAAUGGAGCACGCUUAUUACCAAUAUUUUUCAAGAUAAGUCUCUUGACAUUACUUAUUCUUCCCCUGUGGAUUUAACUAUUAAGUGGAAAUUCCCCAAUUUGCUGAAAAUCAAUGUGUUGGUAUCUGCAUUGGGUUCUAAUAGCUUUAAGGCAACUGAAGAACAAAAAGACAGAGAGUAUGUCGAUUACUAUUUGAACUUUCAAUUAAGUCAAAUAUUCUGUGAUAUUGAUAAAAAUAAUAUGAAUCGUAGCGAUAGUGUUAUCCCUCCAAUUUAUAAGAAAAUUAUUGUCAUUACUAGUUUUAAUAGCGUCGUUUUAAGCACAACAAGCGAUUAUUUCCAUACCAAGUGGAGAUUAGAAAACGAUUUAUUCACUAAAGUUCCUCAUUUAAAUCACUUAGUUAUAUUGAGACCAGGUCCAUUAAUUGGUUCACACAAUAAAGAAAACAAUUCCGGCACCUUUUUUUUAAUGCAAGAAAAAACUGAGAAGGACAACGGCACAAGUUGCAAAUAUAUGACGAGUCUACUCAGGAAUUAUAACAAAAGUGCCCAGCAAACAAAGUUGAGUAAAUUAAAUAAUGUCCCAAAGGCUUUUCCAUUAGCCCAUAAUUUGGAUUUUAAAACAAAGGUUAGUGAAAUGAUCGCUGCUGGUGUUUACCAUAGAAAAUGUUCCUGGAUGUUUGGUUAUGCAGUCCCAGUUAAAAAAGUUGCCCUACAAGCAGCGUUGAAAGCAAUCGAGAGUAAUUACAUUUCUUCAGAAGGAGAUAAAAAGAUAGAAUUUAUUAAAAGUGAAGAUAUAGAUAGGUUAUAA